GAACCCUUCUACUAAUCCCGACUCCCCCGGCCGUCCCCUCCAGCUGCCCCCCACUUCCUCGAGCGCCGCCGCCGCUCCCCGCAGGCGAUGCCGGCGCCGGAGGCGGACUCCCCGGCGAUACAGAAGCUGGGGAGGCUCUUCCGCCUCACCGAGGUACACCUCUGGGACGAUUCGUAUGCCGCCGGAGCCAGGGAUGGCCAGAAGCACUGGCGCUCGGCGGAGGCUGCUCCCGCGGAAUUCCAUGCAAAUAAACCACGCAAUGAAGUGCUCAAAGACACCGAUGAAGGUCAUUCAUUGGUUGAAGAUUUGGAAUUGGCCAAUCUCAUGGGUUCUUUAGGGCUUCCUGUUUCAUUCAGCACGAGUAAAGUGAACAAGAACACAGGCAACAAGGGAAAGAAAAAACUAGGAAGACAAAUACAAUACGAAGUAGGAAACAUUCAAAUCGAUGAUGCUGUGAGGAUAUGCGCUAAUACCGAAGAUAGAGAAAGUGAUGUUCAAUUGAUGGCUGUUUUGGAGCAUACGAACUUGUGCAAUUCAUCUGGGACUGCUAUUGGUUACAACGAAUCCUGCCAUGAUACUGACAAGAUGGUGAAGGGAGGCAGACCUUAUGCUGAAGAACAAGAGUCUGGCUGUAGCGUCAUCUACUCUGCUGAAAAAGCCCCUGGUUAUGAAGCUGAAAAUCAAUGUGAACUUGGGACUUGUGAGCCUCCUGAUUACUUGGGCAACACAGCAAAAGCAGAAAUUCUUAUUCAUGAAAAUCAAGCUGCUGACACUCUUGAUGGUGAAUCUGCUCGUUCCUGCAUCAACAUGUGUCAGGAAGAAAGAUUGUCCACAAAGGAAGAUCAAAUAUCUGCAGAAACUUUGUCAGUACCUCAUGAUAAUAGUGGUGUUGGCCAAGAAGCUUGUCUAAGUUUGGCAGAAGCAUCUUCUGUUGAUGAGCAUGCUGAAAGUUCUGCCAGCAACUUUUGCUAUGAAUAUGGUGAUUGGAGGAUUGUUUGGGAUCCAUUCUACAGUCGAUAUUACUUUUACAACAUCCAGACACAAGAAUCCACAUGGUACCCCCCUGAAGGAUUGGAGGAUUUUGCAUCAUAUUGUAGCAUUGAUGCAACUAAAGAGCUGGUCGAACUGGGAUCUCAGUAUACAAGCAUAGCGGUUCAAGAGAACAGUAAGAACAUUUUGUGGAUAAAUCAGGCUGCUGAUGACAAGCAUCUGGAUGCACAGGAACAAGAUCAUUGCAGCGAAUCACACUAUUUGUCUAAGAUUCCUGAUGAAGAGCCAGUAAAUCAUAGUAUGAUAACUACCAUUCACGAAGGGGGACACACUGAGAAUAAGCACAAUGAUUCAAUGACUGAUGUGUUGGAGGUGGGCCAGGAAGUUGCUAGCACCAAAAAGAAAAAGAGAGUUAGGAGAUCUCAGUCGUAUCAUUCAUGCCCAGACAUGGCAGGAAACAUCUCCAAUGAUAUCAUCAAGUACUGGACUCAGCGGUACUCACUUUUCUCUCUUUUUGAUAGUGGUAUAAAGAUGGAUGAAGAAGGGUGGUUUUCAGUAACGCCAGAGCCGAUUGCAAAGCAUCAUGCAUCUCGUGUUGGUGCGGGCGUAAUGAUUGAUUGUUUCACAGGAGUUGGCGGAAAUGCCAUCCAGUUUGCUGCAAAGUGCAAGCAUGUUAUUGCAGUUGAUAUUGAUCCAAAAAGGGUUGAUUGUGCGCAUCAUAAUGCAUCCAUUUAUGGAGUAAAUGACCACAUAGAUUUUAUCGUAGGUGAUUUUAUCAAUAUAGCUCCUCAGCUGAAUGGAGAAACUGCUUUCAUGUCGCCUCCUUGGGGUGGACCUGACUACGCCAAAGUUGAUGUUUUUGAUAUGAAAGGCAUGCUUAAGCCUUGUGAUGGGUACUCCCUCUUUAAACUUGGUACUAUGAUAGCGUCAAGGGUAGUGAUGUUUCUUCCUCGCAACGUUGACCUGAACCAAUUGGCCGACAUUUCAUUGUCAGUCGAUCCCCCGUGGGCGGUCGAGGUCGAGAAGAAUUUCCUCAAUGGAAAGCUGAAAGCCAUAACAGCAUACUUUGAAGAGCAGGAUGGUUGAGGCGUGCAGUGGCACUGGUGAUGCAAACCAUCUUUGUUAAAUUAUGAGCUCAGAAAGACCUUGAUUAUGACUUAUGGAAUGAGAAACGACCUGAUCCAUAUCUCUGGUCCCUACCAGUCAUCUUUACAUUUUCUUGCCAAAUGUAGCUUACGUGUUUGUACCAUCAAUGUGAUAGUAUUUACACGGUUAGGAAUGAAGCUGUCUGAAAUCACGAUGCA